GAAUUUGUGUCGUGUUUAUACCAGUUUAGAGUUUAGUAAAAUGCUGAUAAAAAGGCUUUAAUUAAAUUUAAAAUGAUGAGAUGAUCAAUUGAGCCAAUCAUAUUUUAUAAACUUUACUUGUGCUAAAUUUUGAAUAAGUUUUUGCAAUGGUUAGGAGUGGUCGUGACCGGGAUAGGGAUCGAGAUCGCAGACGGUCACACAGUCGAUCCGUAAGUCCAGAUCGAAAGAGAAGACGCUCGCGUUCAAGGAGUAGAGACAGAACUUCUAAAACUUCGAAAAGGAAGCGAAGCCGUAGCAGGGAGAGAGAGUCAAAACGAGAUCGUAGCAGAGAUAGAGAGAGGGACAGAAAAAGUGACAAACGAGAUGACAAAAGGAAUGGAUCCAGUAGUAGUAAAUCCAGGAAGAAAUCUCCUGAUAAGGAGAGGGAUAGAUCAAAGUCUAAAGAGAAAUCAACAAAGGCAGAAGCUGGGGACUACAAUAUUGGUUCUGCUGACAAGGAAGAAGAGCAAAGUCGUUUGGAAGCUGAGAUGCAGAAACGUAGGGACCGAAUUGAAAGAUGGAGAGCCGAGAGGAAACGCAAGGAACUGGAGUCGGCUAAAAAGGAGGUGCAGAAGGGAAGCAUAGUAACAAACAUCCAAACACCCACUUCUAAGAAAUGGUCAUUGGAAGAUGACUCUGGGGAUGAAGGUGAAGAUGGUGAAUCCAAAGAGAAACAAGCAGCAGAAGAGAAAAAAGAGGAAGAAGAUGAAAUUGAUCCUUUAGAUGCUUACAUGCAAGAAGUACAGCAGGAGGUACGUAAAGUCAACGAGUUGGACCAGUCCAGGGGCAUAAUAAGUGUGCCGUCUGCUGGUGGUACAGGUGUGGUGAUACUAACAGGAACUGCUAAGAAGAAGGUCACUGAAGAGAAAAAUAAAGGUGAGCUUAUUGAGCAGAAUCAAGAUGGCCUCGAAUACUCAUCAGAAGAGGAGACAGAGAAUAUACAAGACCAAGCGGCCAAUUUGGCUUCAAAACAGAGGAAGGAAUUGGCCAAAGUUGACCAUGCAAGUUUGGACUAUAUGCCCUUCAGAAAAGCUUUUUAUACUGAGGUCACUGAACUAGCAAGAAUGACUCCCGAAGAGGUAGAGGCUUACCGUACUGAGUUAGAGGGUAUCAGAGUGAAAGGCAAAGGGUGUCCAAAACCCAUCAGAUCUUGGGCCCACUGUGGUAUUAGUAAAAAGGAGAUGGAUAUACUGAAGAAGCUUGGAUUCGAAAAACCGACGCCCAUUCAAGCACAAGCUAUACCUGCUAUUAUGUCUGGAAGGGAUCUCAUUGGUAUAGCAAAAACUGGUUCUGGAAAGACUCUUGCAUUCAUACUGCCUAUGUUUAGACACGUUUUGGACCAGCCACCUUUAGAAGACACGGAUGGUCCAAUUUCACUCAUCAUGACUCCGACAAGAGAACUAUGCAUGCAGAUCGGAAAGGAUAUAAAGAAAUUCGCCAAGUCUCUGGGAUUGAGGGUGGUCUGUGUGUAUGGUGGAACUGGUAUAUCUGAACAGAUAGCGGAGCUGAAACGCGGCGCGGAGAUGAUAGUGUGCACGCCGGGGCGCAUGAUCGACAUGCUGGCCGCCAACUCCGGCCGCGUCACCAACCUGCGCCGCGUCACCUACAUCGUGCUCGACGAGGCCGACCGCAUGUUCGACAUGGGCUUCGAGCCGCAGGUGAUGAAAAUAAUAGACAAUGUGCGUCCUGACCGUCAGACGGUGAUGUUCAGUGCGACUUUUCCGCGACAGAUGGAGGCGCUCGCUCGACGGAUAUUACAGAAACCUAUUGAAGUGCAGGUCGGUGGUCGCAGCAUAGUGUGUAAAGACGUGGAGCAGCAUGUAGCCGUGUUGGAAGAAGACGCCAAGUUCUUUAAGCUAUUAGAACUCCUCGGGCUAUACAGUCAGAUGGGCAGCAUAAUAGUCUUCGUGGACAAGCAGGAGAAUGCUGAUAGCCUGCUUAAAGACUUGAUGAAGGCGUCAUAUUCCUGCAUGAGCUUGCACGGAGGCAUUGAUCAAUUCGACAGGGACUCAACUAUCGUGGACUUCAAGUCGGGGAAAGUGAAGCUGCUGGUUGCUACUAGCGUGGCUGCGCGAGGGCUGGACGUUAAACAGCUGGUGUUGGUGGUUAAUUACGACUGUCCCAAUCAUUAUGAGGAUUAUGUGCAUAGAUGCGGUCGCACCGGUCGAGCGGGCAACAAGGGCUACGCUUGGACGUUCCUCACGCCCGAGCAGGGUCGGUACGCGGGUGACGUACUCCGAGCUAUGGAGUUAGCUGGGGCGGUGGCGCCGCCCGAGUUGAGAGCCCUGUGGGACUCCUAUAAGGACGCGCAAGAGAAGGACGGCAAGAAGGUGCAUACUGGCGGCGGGUUUAGUGGCAAGGGCUUCAAGUUUGAUGAAUCCGAAGCGCAGGCGGCAUCAGAGCGGAAGAAGUAUCAAAAGGCGGCUUUAGGGCUGCAGGACUCCGACGACGAGGACGUGGAGGGAGACCUCGACCAGCAGAUUGAGACCAUGCUCGCUGCCAAGAAGAUCGUUAAGGAGAUUAAGCCGGGCGUAGUCGGAGCGCCAGCGGCGGCGGCCAGCGCCGACGGCAAGCUGGAGCUGGCGCGGCGGCUGGCGUCGCGCAUCAACCUGGCGAAGGGGUUGGGCGAGCACAAGGGCGCCACGCAGCAGGCCGCCGAGGCGAUACUGAAGGGCGCGCCCUCCGCACACACGCUCAUCACGGCGAAGACAGUAGCGGAACAGUUAGCCGCUAAACUGAACACGCGGCUCAACUACCAGCCGCGCGAGGAGGGCGGGGAGGCGGCGGAGGAGGUUUUCCGCAAGUACGAGACCGAGCUCGAGAUCAACGACUUCCCGCAGCAGGCGCGCUGGCGGGUCACCAGCAAGGAGGCCCUAGCUUUGAUCAGUGAGUACUCGGAGGCGGGCAUCACGGUGCGAGGAACCUACGUACCCCCCGGCAAAACACCCCCCGAGGGGGAGAGGAAGCUCUACCUGGCGAUCGAGAGCUCCCAGGAGCUGGCUGUGGCGAAGGCCAAGUCCGAGAUCACGAGGCUGAUCAAGGAGGAACUGCUGAAACUACAGUCGUCCGCCCACCACAUGAUCAACAAAGCUAGAUAUAAGGUCCUAUAAGGGAAUAUAGUUUGAACAUA